AUGCCACCGAAAACUUCGAAACAAAAGACGCAUAAGAAGCAUUACAAGACUCCCAAGCCGGCCGAGGAGGAGACGCUGCCGGGAGAUGCUUGCGGACGACCUGCCGACAGCGAUAGCAGCGGGAAAAUUCCGACUGAAAGUCAAAGGGAUGACUCUGAUCGGGAAAACCGUAGUCCCGAGGCGAACGCACUCAGCAAUAUCUACUCCACGGAAAAUAUUCUCGCGGGGACCCGGCAUCGUUCCGACAACACUGCGGACGUCUCUCGAUCGAUUUCGGGCGAUAGAUCGGACAGUAAACGCGAAAAUAAUCGCUCAGAAAAGCACACCUCACAACCCUCAAAGAUCCCGACCUCGAAAACCGGAAAGUCCGGCUUGGGAGCGCGACCGGUGGCGGUAGGGAGCGAGGCUUCAGAAGACGAGGAAAACAGACAGAUCAACUCAAUAUCUGAUCCCAGACUGAGGAGCUCUGUUUCAACGAGAGAAGAAACUGGAACAGAGGAGGCAGAGACAUCGCGCUUCACUCGCAGCGGACGAAGUCUUCUCAAAGCUUCUGAGUAUGAGAAACGAAAGCUCGAGAAGGCUAAUCGGAGGCGAGCUAAUCUAAUACGCAAAACGGAGCUCGAGAGUGAAGUUCUACAGAAGCCGGAACACGUUAUCAAACCAUGCAGAGUCGUCGUCGAGGGUUUCGUGCUUUCGGACUUCUUGCCGCCUGUGGAGGAGCCGCAACCUGUUACGUCACCUGACAACGAUGCGGCCGGUGAGGACGUCUCCUUCGAAACACUGGAAAUCAGGAAGAAAAUCUUCGAGAAAUGCAUCAAAGAUAGCUCAUCGAGCGAAGACGAGGACCAUCGCGCGCCGUGCGCCGGCAAGUCAGAAAAACUAUUCGAUACCUUGCUUGUUCAGACCGGGAGGGAACCUGAAGAGACCGCGAAUCGGACGAGUUUCUAUGAAGGUACAAUCCCGUCUCGACUCCUAUCUCCCGAGGUUGUGACCAGUGAGGAGAGGGGGCGCCCCGCGGAGAACCUCACGGAAAGAUUCGAGGCAUUCAAGGAGACCCUCAGCCAGAAAGCGGCGGCUGGUAAUUUCAAAGCAAUUGCGGAGGCCGAGCCGGUUGUUCCUAGCUUCACGCUCGAAGAGGACGCGACCAACCAAACCGACGAGGUUACCACAGGCGUUCGGCGUGCCAUAACACUCUGCGAAGAAGACUCCGACGCGGACUUGGAUGAAGUGAUGAACUCGAAAAGGAAUAGGAGCCAGGGAGCCGGAAACUCGAUCAUAGACCCCGUUUUCUGCGAUAUAGCGACGAGCAUGGGCAACCCGAUCGAGCAAAAAGAUCAAGAAACUCUCGAGCUCGUCAUCGAUUCGAGUCGGGAUCCAAGCGAAAGCCGGCACUCUCAGUCGGAGGAGGACGCAGUCCGCGCCUUCAACGUCCGAUCGCUGGGUGAUUUCGUCGCUGAGGAUGAUCGAGGAGAUGUCAUAAAACAAGCGCGGAAAUCCAAACUGCAGUCGACGUUCCUGCCCUCGCCGAACAAAUUCGCGGAUAUCGCUGUUGGCACCGGUCCAUCUCUGAUGGCGAAGAGUCAAGGAGCUGAUUUCAGUCAGGACGGCUCCACCGGAAGAGAUUUCGUCAGCGCUGUAGCAGGAGCAGGGACAGCUCUCGGUUCAGACACCAGAAUGGGCGAGCCAGACGAAGGGAAGAGUGUCCAUAAUCGAACUGAGGAGAAUAUCGCGAUCUCCCCCGGACAAAAGACUGCCCCACCUGGAGCUCCGGUCGAAGUUAUCGAGAUCGGAGAUUCACCUCCUCCGUCCCCGGAAAUUCUUCCCACGGGAAAGACUCUGCCACCGCCGGAAUCGCCUCGCGCAGACGGGGAAUCGGAACGAGAGCUUCCGGUGCCUGAGCUCGAGGCGGAGAUCGAGGAGCACCUCGAAGAAGAGGAAGUAACGCGGGUGGGGUCAACGGGAAGAAAAGAACACGAUCAAGUCGAGCAGAGCUUCCGGCCGGAGAAUGCGAAUCGACCUUCCGGCAGCAAGACCGUCGACGAGGAUCAGACUCAUAGUGAACCUUCUGAAGAAAUGGAUCAUUUGCCGCUUUUGGACCUUAUCACGGAUAUCGGGCCUUGGGAUUCCUUCCAGUCAUCGCAACAUCUCUCGGAGUCUCCCAGAAAGAAACGGAAAGUUAUCGCUGAAGGACCGGCCCCCUUGCUGCACAAAGAGACUCCGAGAGGCAAAUCAAUUGCGAGAAGCUUGUAUGAAAUCGCUGGAAACCGCAACGAUGAAGCAGAUUCACCAUUACCGUCCCAUAAAAUACGCAAAGGUCGGGUGUCGCGGAGGAGUCUAUUCGACGAAAGAGCGGAAAUACCCCCGGAAAUCCUACCGGACACGGAGGUCUCUCAGUGUUUUCCCGAAAGCUCGACGCAAGAACGCUCAAAGUCUUUCUCUCUGGACUCAGCCCGUCUUCCCAACCCCGAGGAAACUCACGUCGAAAUGCAGUUCGACAACAGGGAGCUCAAGAAACGGAGCGAAGAAUUGUUCUUUGCGGCCGCUCAGCAUCUCUUCGAGAAGUAUCCCGGUAUCAAAGGCGAACUCAAUCAAGCCCUCGAGGAGCUUCUAAGCACGCACAAGGAUAAAGUUCAGAAGAUAAUGGAGCUGCUCGUCAAGAAAUACGCUCUCAAAGAAGCUUGCGAGGGGCAUCGGGAGUCCUAUCUGAACUUUAAGCUGAGGCUGAAGCGCACCAGGGACUACAUAACGAAUACUGUUAACGCGAUGAUGCCGAAGGACGAAUGCAAUGUCAUGAAGGUAUUCGGAUUCAAUCCGUACGAUUUCAAAGAGCCGCCCCCGGAUGCGGUGCGAGAGAUGAACAUGAGGAAAGCCCACGAAGACGAGGCGCGCUUGAGAAGCAGAUUGAAAACCGGAACGCAUUGA